GCGGACACAUUUCCCCGUCGGAAUUCUUCUGCUGUGACACGCGGUUAGGUUUCCAAACAACACACUUCACGUUACAGACGAGGAUUUGCGAUAAAACGAACGAGCUCCUCACGUGAGUCAUCACCACGGCAACGGGAUGCUGUUUAUAGAUAUUAAAGCCGAGUCAAACAACACGUCCACUGCUGCUGAAGGCGCCCACAACCCCCUGUGGACACGCAGCGAUAAUUCCUUCAGAUUCAACUUCCUCCCCGAGGGCCGUCCCGCCCCGCAGCAGGACACACCGUCCUCAGCCGGGACGCCCCCAGCAGCCGCCGCAGCCUUCACAGGACAGGGCGCCGCAGGGUUUGCCUUCAACUUCCAAAUCCCCCCCGCCACACCUGAAGACAUGACGACGGAGAGCCCUGAAGCUGGAGACAGCCACAAGAACAGGGCGCAAGAGGAGGAGGAUGCCCGCGUCCCACAGCAGCAGGGGAGCUCCUCGACUAAAACCAAGAAGAAGAAGAAGAAACCCGGCAGGAAGAAAGCCUCAGAGGAGAGCAGCAGCAGCGAGGUGCAGGAGGGGCCGAGUUCAGCUGAGGGCAGUCACGGUGAAGAGACAGCGCUGACGGCAGAGGAGCAGCUGAAGAGAGAGCUGGACUGGUGUAUCGAGCAACUGGAGUUGGGAAUGAGGACCCAGAAGGGGACACCCAAACAGAAGGAGGAGGCGUCCCGUGCCCUCAAGACCCUGCGCAGCUCCAAGGCUCCUCUGGCCAAGAAGAGGCAGGUGAUGAGAGCCGCGACGGGAGACUACAGGAGGAAGAUGCAGGAGGAGAAGGACACGCAGUUCAGACUCAUCGAGCGCGCACUGGCAGCAGCUCAGGUCAAAGCCGUGCCAAACUCCUCAAAGAAGUCUGUGUUCCACCGCAGAGCCGGAGCCAGCAGCCAAACAGCAGCCGCGCAGGAAAACAACAACCAGCAGACGUCACAGAGUCAGGCCCGAGCUGCGGAGGAGAGGCCGCCGGCUCAGGAGGAGGAGACGCCGGCUUUUGUCUUCACUCCAUCCAAGGAGGAGUUUCACUUCAAUUUUUUCUGAUUUAUACCCUGACAGCGUUCCCAAAAGACAGUUUUUCAGCCCCGUGUUGAGGGAAACAUGUCUUCUUCACCGUGCCUGGUCAGGAUUGUGCACCGUGCACAAAUAAAAGAAGCACAGUGCAAAUCAAAAUGUUGGAUCCGUCAGCCCAGACUGACUUUGUACCAUAUGUCUCAAUAAAGCAUUUUGUACA